UUUUUUUUUUCCCUUCAUUCAUUCAUUCAUUCCUUUCCUUUUCUUUAUCUUCUUCUUCUUCUUCUUCUUCUUCCUCUUUUCCCUUUUCUCUUUCCUCCUUGUUUGCUCUUCAUCCAUUUCUUUUCCUCCUAUCCUCUCUAAUUAUCCAACUGUCUCUUUGAUUGUCCGUUCUAACGUCCACAUCCAAGUUUACGUCUCUUUCUUCUCCUUGCAUACACACACAUACAUUCAUACACACACACAUCCAUAGCCAUGGAACUUGAUGAAGCCCCUUCUCCUGCUCCCACUUCUCGCCUUGAUCAUCUCGCAGAAUUAGCUACCUCACCAUCCCGCUCCUCUCCAUCUACUGCCUCGUCUUCAAACUCAAGCACACGCCACUCUUCUUAUAAUCACUCACAACCUUCACAAGAAGAUUCACGUCACCAACACCACCACAACUCCCGUCCAUCUAACCGCUCUACUUCUCCUCCUUCAUCCUCAGCUUAUAUGAAAGAUACUCGUGCUACCUCUCCUGCUGCUCACCAUCACAGCAACAACGGCAACAGCAGUCGUCCCCAUAUUGUUCAACAACACCUUGAGGCAGAGCCUGCAAACUGGGGUCGUUCUCCCAUUACACCUACCACAGCCCGCAAAUUUAACCGAAUGGCCAUUCACGAAGUUCUUGAAGGUCCUGGUCGUAACCAAGGUCACCCUGAAGAUGGUCAUAGCUCUCCUCCAUACAAGCGCAAGGGCUCACCCGAUGAUGCAUCAUUCUCAGACCCUCCCUCCAGUUCUCGCGCACGUGCUUCUGGUUCUCGUAGUCACUACAAUGAUCACCUUGCUUCUCACCCACGCUCUCCUCGUCCCCGUCAAGAAUCUCCUAUGCCCCAGUCCAACUCGGACGAAGAUGAUGAGCCUGGUGUCCGUAUCAACAAAAAGCGUAAAGUCCUUAAUGCAUUCUCCUCUUCUCUCCAACACAAGGCCUCCUCCACUUCCCCUCCUAGCUCUAGUGGCCCCCCUGAAGUCAUGGACCAAGUUCGUACAACCCUUUGGAUGAAACAACAACAAAAGGCCCUCAUCGAGGCCAGACAGAGCAAUGCCUCCACUUCAUCAAUCCACUCUAGCAAAUCCAAGGACCCACCUUCUUCCACUAGCAGUAAUGCCAGCAACAGCAGCUCCAGCUCCAACAGCAGCAGCAACAACAACAACAACAGCAACACCAAUCAAGCAAUCACAGAAAAGACAUCCAGUGGCAUCUCGGUCUUCCAUGGAAGUGCAACCUUUGCUGCUGCCCUUAACCGUCGCCCAUUGACAUCACCUAGAAGCUCGAAGAAUGCAAAGUCGUUGACUAUUUUUGCACCCUCCUAUUCAGAUUCAUCACUGUCAAUCCACUCUGCUCCUCUUCAACCUUCCCAAAGCCAUCUGGCAUUGGGUAUGAACCCUCGCACGUCCCAGCCUAUUCGCAAUCAUACCCCACAUCCACUCUCACAACACCAAGCACCACCUACUGGAACGAUACCACAACCCCUUCGAUCGCCCAAGACAGCAGGACAUCUCAAAAAAUCCUCCCGGGUCACUCUUCGUCCCGGACCUCAUACUGCCGGUCUCGACAGCAGUUCUGGAACAUUGCCUGCUCCAAUCCUUUCAUCCCAUACCGGACCUUUGCCUUCACCAAUGUUUCCUCAUCCAACUACACCAUUCCAUCCUGGUAGCAGCCUGGCUGGCCCACCUGGUCACAUAUCCAAGCCAGUGUUCAUGGAAACAGUAUCGAAUCUCUUUGACUCGAUGGACUCGACCCGUUCAUUAAAGCAUACGCUGGAGGAACAGAUUCGCAAGUCUGCACAAUUAUUGCAGACAUUGCAAUCUAGCGGAACCAUGAUCGAAAGUCUUGUCCGUGGACAGUUCAAGGAGUUGGAGAAGGGUGUGAUUGAGAAGUUUGAGAACGAGUUGGAGUAUCUCUCAACAAGGGUGGGUCUUUUGGAGGAUCAUCUGGGUCUGACUCCCCCAGCCAAGAAAGCACGAGUGGUGGUUGCCCCUUCCACUAGUACUGCUACUACCGGCAGUGGAUCAUCCUCAAAGAGCAGUGCAAUGACAGGCGUCACUUCUACCUCAGGAUCAUUGCCUUCACCCCCAUCGGGUAACGGUGAUUCGAAGACAGGGGAGAGUGGCUCUCAUGAUUCAGACCUGAAGGACGGCACUCUUCCUACGCCACCCCUGAACAAGAACCAGGACUCUGCUAUGGAGGUUGAAGAUGAAGAGCCCACGACGACAUCAUCAGCAGUAGCAUCAGGCUCAUCAUCACCUCGAGAUCAGGCCACUGAAUAUCGUUCUACAGUCAAGAAGUUACGGGAACGAGUUGCUAAUAUUGAGAAGCGUCAGGAAGCAACUGCUUAAGGGAAAAAAAAAAAAAAAAAA